AGUCUAAUGUUAUGUAGCUCACAAGCGACCUCGUCUAUGUAGACAAUUAGCCUCAUGCUAGUUAUCGUGCUAGCGAACUUGGCUACUUGUUUAAAUUACACUAUAAAAUGCUUACAAUUGGCUCAACAAGUUAUUUUAUUUCCAUUAUGAAUUAUUUUAUGUAUUUCAUAUCAUAUCUACUUGUCUGUUUUCUGUAGUUAUUACACAAUUUAUUGGUAAAUAUAAUCGUUAGCCUAAUGUUAGCUAACCUGCUAGCGACCUUAGCGGUCAGUUUAAAUUACAUACUAAAAUCCUGAAAGGAGUUGAUGAACGUAGCUCACGAGACUUUAGUUUAUUUCCACAAUAUAAUAUUCAAGCCCAUUAAAAAGUGACUUUUCACAACCCUGACUACUGGAUUUACACUAAAUCCUACUUGGACUAGUGAUUAGUCAGAUCUAAAGGGCUUGGUUGUCUACCUAGAGAACUUCACUAAUCAUUUCAUUUACACAUCAUAAGCCUGUGGACGUGCUGAGGGAAUCAUUGGAUACUCCCUCUCUCCUCCAGGUCGUUGAGCCAAUUCUGCAACUGCCGCCCACCGAACCUCAAGACGAACCUUCAGCCGUCAUUCUGGUAAACAAAUCUUUCAUUUAUUUGCUAAAGCAGAUCACUGGAUUUUACCAGGUUGCAUUUUCUGUAAAGGAUGUUAGUAUGAAUCUGCUAUGAUAAGCAGCUCUUAUGAUCUUCGUGCUCUACAUAUCACAGCCGCUCGAUGCUGGUGAACCGAACAGCGCUUGCUGCGAUGUUCGGUUCGUGUCUGCAGAUUCCUCAUCCUCCCAGUCUGAGCCAGUGGACAUCAGGAGAGUCAUCCCCGGAAUGAUAAGGGGUCCAGAGAGUCGGCUCUGCGGGCUCGAAACCGUAGAGACGCACCACUCGAUUCACAAAGUUGUUGAGCCACAUCUUCAUUUGCUGCCCAACGAACAACAAGAAGACCCAUCAGCUGUUCUUCUGCCACUCGAUGCUGGUGAGCUGAUCAGCGCUUGCCGAAACAUUCAGUUCCUCUCUGCAGACACCUCCAUCUCCCAGUCUGAGUCAGUGAACAUCAGGACAUACCUCUUGUGGAUGAUAAGGGGCCCAGAGUGUCGUCUUUGCUGGUUUACAACCACAAAGACACAAUCCAUCAAUCACAUGGGAUUCCCUUAUCAUACCACCACAGAGGAUUGUUUCACUGGCAUACAGGUUGAAUCUGGGAGGGUUACAGAAUUUAUUUCCUGUAACCGAGUGGAGACCGACAUCAUCGUGCCAGGUUUUUAUUAUGUGCAAACCAUUAAACAGGUGACCUGCACUUACCUGUUUGUGGGUAAAGAUGGGCAAAUGGACACCUCCACUUGGGAGAAGGAAGAGGUUCCCGUUCCAUAUGCGGAGAGUGACGAGAGCUUUAACCCAGAGGAGAUGGAGGUGCCCUUUAUUUGCUGCCAUCUUUCAGACAGAGGGGUUACUGAUGUCGGCCUGAAGCUGCCCGCUCUCCGUGAGGCGUUCGCUACCCUGCUUGCCAGCAUCCACAACCAGAACUUCCUGUUCCUGGUGGGAAAGAAGAUCGUCAUGCGUCUGGCAGCGGCUAACAUCCAGGACGUGGUUGGGGUGAAGUUGGCCUACGAGGCCUUGAUUCGAUUCCUGAGGACGCCUUCUCAUCAGGAUUCGAUUGAGGCAGAGAUCUCCUCCUGUGUCCCCCACUACAACUUCCUGGAUGUUUUUUUUGAGCUGAUUCUGUUCCGCCAUUUCAGAAGUGGCUCAACACUUGAGACAUUUAAUGGAGGAUUCUUGGAGCGCCUGCUCGAGCUCAUCAGCAUGUGGGAUGUGGACGUGUGGGAGCCUGCAGCAGAGCUGUACUUCACAGUGCUUAUCGAUCACCUAACACAGCUUGCUGAAGUACUGUUCUCUCAGCCUCUGGAGCUGUACAGUGACCCAGCAGCCUUAGCCACCACGGUUCAGCAUCUUCUCAAGAAGCACGUCCAGCAGAUGAUGGACACUUUGGAGAAGCUCUGAGCAAUGUCUUUUGUUUAUCGCUUUAUAUUUUCUUCUUCUGAUUCGUUUUAUGUUCGUUCUUUUCCCUCACUUCUUUCCCUACAUUGCUCAAGCUCUCCACAGGUGAGUAUGAAUUCAUUUUAUUUCUAUUUUUGAUUAAGAUUUUAAAAAUCACUUUUCUUUCCUAUAGGUUUGUACAGUCAACCCCAGGACUGAAGACGGGCUUAACCCUAGGAUCCCUCAUCCCUUAAUAAUUAUCCCAUAUUAAUCUAUCCCUCUAUUCCUGUCCCACUCCCCUAUUCCUAUAGAUACUAAAUAGGUUAAUAGAUUUUUUUGUAAAUAAACUUAUUGUUAUAUAGUGCUUAUAUUAUUUAAUAAAUGUUUACAUUUGUUUCUAUUACAGUCUAAUUCGGAUUAUUUUUUAUUCAUCACAUGAUAUACAUAUAUAAUUUUCCUUUUAAAAGCACAACACAAAAUGAAUGUUUCAUUCAUCUAAAGAUCAUUUUUAAAAACAAAUUCAGAACCUUUAAAUGAUUUACUAAAACGUGAGAAAUGACAAAUAACAAAAUUCAGAUAUUUAUACUCUUGGAUCAUUUGUGUGAUGGCCCCAAACUGUGGAACAAUAUUUAACGUUUAAAGAAUUGCAUAAUUGUAAAUUAUUUAUUAAUUUAUAUAUUAAUUAUAUAAAUUAUACAGUGUCAUAGGAAGUCUUUCUCUGUUGGCUUCCUCUGCUGUGUUCUCUACAGCCAUGGUAAUUAAAUGUGCUUCUCUCUCUCUCUCUCUCUCUCUCUCUCUCUCUCUCUCUCUCUUUCUCUUUCCCAUUUCCUCGUUUUUCAGCAGAAAAUAUAUUUUACAGAUAAUUUCCUGUUUUUAAAUGUUUGACAUUGAUUUUCACAGAUUUAGUUGAUAGUGGAGCUGCCCCUGCUGACACCCCAACUGCCUGACACCCCAACUGCGUGAAAUCCCAGCUGCCUGACACCCCAACUGCGUGAAACCCCAGCUGCCUGAC